AUGCCCGACGAGGAAGACGUAGCGGCCCUCGCUCAAACCUCUUUUCACAGACUAGCCGAGAAUUUACAUCGAAAUGGCUUCGAUAUCUGCCAUCCCUUCCACCCACGCUGGUACAAUGAAUGGCUUCAGCAGCAAGCAAAUGGGCUAUCAAUUUUGGACGAAAAAGACAUAUCGGGCGCUUUUCUAAUUGGAAAUACCAAGAACAUGUGGCCGUAUUUCAAACGCUGGUGGAGCACUCGUUCCACCAUUGGCCAGCAGCUGUCGGCUGAGCAGCGCAAGCACCCGCUGGAUACCUUUUGUAAAGAUACAAUCACGGCUAUUGUCAAGAGCUACUUCUUGUCCCUCGAGGGUGGUAAUGCAAACAGGGAUCGAUUUGAGCUUCACUGGGCCUCCACCCACGAAAUUGAGAAGCUGGUGUCCAUGCAGCGAAUCGCUAGUGUUAGCGGAUUUGCCUACUUAGAUCCGCACACUCACUUGGCUGUACAUCCCAUUUACGGCACUUGGAUGUCGUUUCGGGCCGUGGUUGUCUUUCACUCGAAGAGUCGAAUUCCAUUUCAAUUGCCACCACCGAAAAUGGUCCCUUGUUUGCUAUCUCCACAGGAGCAAGAGAUUGCUCGAGAGGCAAUGAUCCAUGCACUCAAAUAUAGCGAUUUGGACCAACUUUGUGGUCAGCUUCACAAUACGAUGGAGGGCAAUGAUGAAAUGAUUUUAGCAUGGAUAGCCCUCCGAGAUUGCGUCCGAGUUGGUCGUUUCCUCGGCGUGCGCGGAGGACGUCGUAUUUGUAAACGAUUAUAUCGCUAG